AUGGAAGAGUGCGAGUUACAUGCAGAUAGUAGUACGACUCGAAACUGGGACGAGUUGUUUGACAUCUAUGCUAAAGUGAUCACAGGUGAUGACGACACACUUAAAAUCCGAGCCACGGUCAAGCUUGCCAAAUUGUCCAGAUACGCCCCUGGAAAUGUUUUGGCCCGCACAUUACCCAUUCUACUGGAGCUUCUCGAAAACCCAUCGGCCGUUCAAGCAGCUGCUGCCUACUGCUUGAAACAUAUUGCCUCAAAAUGUGAAGGCAAGUUAGCCAACAUCAUCACUCAAUUAGGCGGCAUUCAUAUUCUACUGAAACUACUUCCAGAUUCUGAACACGAGCUAAAACGGACCACACUGAAGUGCCUACGAAACAUCGUCUCGUUUUCCGUCCCGAGCCGUUCAGUUUUAUCUAGCAGUGGCGGACUCGAUACUGUGGUGUCUAUGUUAGGCUCGAGCCCAGGUGACUGCGAGGUGAUUCUGUUGGAAAUCCUCAGUGCGUUGUCUCUCCUAAGGGAGGUGCGCAAGUCUCUCUGUGAAUCGAGGCAGGCCCAUUUUCUAGUUCGGGCUGCCGGGCAUGGCUGCUUGGUCUCCAGAGCCCGGGCUGCUCAGGCGAUAGGCUUGAUGGGGGUGAACAAACGGGCCCGUGCGGAGUUAGUCGAGGCUGGAGUGAUGCCUGUGCUUGCGCGCCUUCUCAACGAGGGAGAUGAGUUGACGAGACUUGUGGCUGGCAACGCGCUGGGCGUGAUCUUGGUUCGCGUGGGGUCCACAGGUAGAACAGGGCUCAUCCCUUUGUACAUCGACAUGCUCCGGUGCCGAGACCCCACCUUGUGGAAAAUCGCGGAGGACGUUCUGUUUGUGCUGGCCGUCGAUAAAGAGAAUGCGGUUGAGAUUGCCGAGCAGUUGAUGAGGAUUUUGAGAGGAAAUGAUGCGGGGGCAAAGGCUGUAGCUGCGGAUGUUGUGUGGGCCCUCGUACGCCAGGAGUGCUCUGCUCGUGUGAUGUGGGACUCGGGCGUGGUGGGGAUUGUGGUGGAGCUUCUCGAGGACGAGGAUGGGAGUGUGAGGGAGAAUGCCUCGGGGGUUGUUGCCCAGUUGAGUUAUAGUGUCCGUGAUCGUGCGGCGCUCGCCGGGUGUGGGGCCAUACCAUUGCUCGUGAGGGUGAUGUCGGGGGAUGAGUCGGGUGAGGAUAAGGAAUAUGCCGCCGAGGCCCUCCUCAAUUUUUCGAUAGACCCACUGUGGAGUGAUCAGGUGACGUGUGUUAUGGAUAAUCGUUUAUUUCUGAAUAUGUGUGAAAGUUUGAGGAGGGUGUGGGCUGUGGAGGAGAAUGUUGGUGUGAUUUCGAGGGGGAUAAGGAUGGAGGAAAGUGAUUUAUAA